CGCACAUUGACCACUGACCCUCACUCAGAGCACACACACACCAUCUCUGAACCUACAGAGACAGUGUGAACAUGGGCUCUCUUCUGUAUUUGCUGCUCUGCUCGGGUUAUAUUGCACAGCUGGUCUCCGCAGAGACAUUCCUGGUGACAGCUCCCAGCGUUUUUCAUGUUGGCGUGAAAGAAAGGGUGUCAGUCCAGGUCGGGCAGGGACUGCUGAACCAACCUGUGAUCUGUUACCUAGAGCGGGAGGUGAAACCUAUUCGUAUGUCAAAUGAGGAAACUAUAAGUAUCUCACAGGAAGGAGAAGUUAAAACAAUAGAUCUUCAGAUAUUACCAGACCAAAUUGCAAACUUACCAUCAGACGGUGCACAGCCCCCAUACCUCAAUCUGGUGUGCAAGGUUGGCAACAAUGAAAGAAAGAUAACUCGAGUGUUGGUGUCCCAGCACAGAGGCUACAUCUUCAUUCAGACAGACCAGCCCAUGUACAACCCCACACAGAUAGUGCGGUACAGAAUCUUUACUCUGGAUCAUGCUAUGCGUCCAGUAACCCAGAGGAUGUUUGUGUACAUAAUUAAUGCAGACGGGAACACGAUCAAAAGAAUUUUGGUUAAUGCUGAAGCAGGCAUUUAUGCCAAGGACUUUCACAUUCCUGAUGUUUCAAAGCCAGGUGUGUGGAAGAUCAAAGCUCACUAUGAGGGUGAUGAUAAGAAUGGAACUAUUCGAGAAUUCAAAGUUCAAAAGUUUGUCCUUCCUAGUUUUGGUGUAACCAUCAAGCCUCAAACUGAUCAUCUCCUCGUGAAUGCAGAAAGCUUUACAUUUCUCAUUGAUGUGAAAUAUUCCUAUGGAAAGAAGAUCAAUGGUGGAUUUCAUUGUCGCUUUGGGUUGAGGGAUGAGAACAGAAAAGAUGGGCCAAAUGAUAUCAAAUUCAUUAAGGGGCUUGAAAAAACUGGACCAGUAAAAGAUGGUGUAGCUAAUAUCAUUUUAAAAAUCACUGACAUCCAGGAGAAACUGAAAAACUUAAAGCUGGAAGAUUUAGCGCAGGAUGGACAUGUACUGUUCUACAUUGCUGUUACCGUCACAGAUACAUUAAGUGGUGAGGUACAAGAAACAGAAAUAUUACUUCCCAUUGUGUCACAGAGAUACAAAGUGGACCUGGAGAGAACCAGAUCAUACUAUAUUCCCAAAGUGCCUUUUGAGAUUAAGGUAGUGGUGCGUACUCCAAAUGGUAUGCCAGCUAAAGGUGUCCCGGUGACAAUAGAAGCAUCACACACCAAAGAGAUCUCCAACACUGUAAAUACAGAUGAUGAGGGAGUAGCAUUUUCUGUUUUCAAUCUUGUAGAAUCACCACAAUCCAUUUCUGUUGAGGCAACAGUCGAUGGAUUUAGAUCAACAAAAAAUGUGGCCGUUGCCUCAAACAACAAGUUCUUGCAUAUCAGUGUGAGCAAUAGGGUUUUGUCACAUGGAGAACAGUUGAGUGUUACGUUUAAUGCUGUCAAUGGCGUGCCAUCUCGUGGAUACAUUUAUUACUUGGUCCUCAGCAAAGGUGUGCUCAGGAAGGAAGGUUCUGUUCAAAUAGGGCAUACAGCCACUUUGAGCCUCAUCCUCAGCCCUGACAUGAUGCCAUCCUUCCGCCUCGUUGGAUAUUAUUAUGACAAUAAUGAAAUUAUAGCGGACUCGAUCUGGGUAGAUGUCAAGGAUCAAUGUGAGGGAAACCUUAAGGUAACAGAAAAGGAACCAAAUAGUAACAAUUAUUAUGAACCAGCACAAAUGGUUGAUCUUAACAUUGAUGUGGAAGAUCAAGCCAAUGCACAAGUGGCUUUACUGGCUGUGGACAAAGCCAUCUAUGCCCUGAAUGCCCAAAACAAACUCACACCAAAACAGGUGUUCUCCUCUAUGCAGUCUUAUGAUCUUGGAUGUUCAUAUGGUGGAGGUGUGGACACUGCUGCAGUAUUUAAUGAUGCUGGAUUAAAUUUCAUCUCUCACUCUCAAGUCAAGUCAAGGAUGAGGAAAGAAUUUGGCUGUGAAUCUGGUUUCAGGAGGCAACGACGUUCAAUAGAUCUGCAGAAAGAAUUGGCGCAAAAAGAAACUGAGUUUCCAGAUGCAGUAUUGAAGAAGUGCUGUCGUAAUGGCCUGAUAGUGCUCCCAAUGAAGUUGAGCUGUGAAGAACGAAAAAAAAGGAUGAGUGCAAGUAGUGAAUGUGAGGAGGCUUUCCUGAAGUGCUGCAACUUUGCUACCAAGCUGAGGGAAAAGAAGAGAAAGGAGGAACGAAGGAGUGGCCAUGGCAGAACUUCUGGUUCCAGUGACAUUGAAAACUUUUUUGAUAACGAUGUCCAGUACAUUCGGCGAAGUUUCCCUCCCAGCUUUUCAUUCGAAGUUACACGUGUGAAUGGCAGAACUAUAAAACAAAUCAUUCUCCCUGAUUCCAUCACCACCUGGGAGAUUCAGGCUGUCAGUGUAUCCCCCUCCCAUGGUAUUUGUGUGGCAAAGCCGCUUGACAUACGUGUAUUUAAGGAGGUGUUUAUCUCUUUGCGCCUUCCCCACUCUGUCAGGAAGAAUGAACAAAUAGCCAUUGUGGCGGUGGUCUACAAUUAUGCCAAGAAGAAAAGAGAGCUUUCUAUUAAAAUGAAGCAAGUGGAUGGCCUGUGUUCACCUGGGAGUUCAUCCAGUAAGUCCUAUGUCAACAUCACUGUGGCUGGUGAUAGCUCUGAGACAGUGACCUUUACCGCUGUUCCUCUGAAGGAGUGUGAAAUCCCUAUCACUAUCCAACUUUAUGACAGGGACUUUGACACGGAAGUGGAUGCGAUUCAGAAAACACUGUUGGUGAUGACUGAGGGGGUCCGUACCCAAGAAGAAGAAUGUAAAUUAAUUAACUUGGAUGGGAGAAGCACAUCUUUUAACAUUGAUGGGGUGUUCCCAAAUGGUACAAUUCCAGACUCAGAUGGCAAUAUCUUUGUCAAAGUUGAAGAUGAGGUAUUUGGUAUAGCAGCUGCCACACCCCUACUUACACCAACCAAUGUGCAGCAGCUGAUCAAAGCCCCUCAUGGCUGUGCAGAACAAACUAUGAUCAGGAUGUCCCCAACAGCUCUGGCCAUCCGUUACCUGGACACAAACAACCAAUGGCUAGAACUGGAACCUGAAAUGAGAGACAAAGCACUGGGCUUCAUUGAGCAAGCCUAUGACAGGAUUUUGUCAUACAGAAAGCCUGAUGGAUCAUAUGGAGCAUGGAUGAACUAUCCCACCAGUAACUGGCUAACUGCCCUGGUAGUGAAGGUGUUAUCUCUGGUGUCCGAAUGUCAGUUAGCAACUUCUGAAAACAGAGAGAUCGUCUCACAGCUCGAAAUUCGGAAAUCAGUCAAUUAUCUUAUUGAACAGCAGCACGAUGAUGGGUCGUUCAGCGAUCCCAAUCCAGUCAUUCAUAGAGAAAUGCAGGGUGGAAUUGGAGGUGUUGAACAAGAUGUCUCCCUUACUGCGUUUAUAGCCAUUGCUCUUAAUCGCUCCCUUCCUUUCUUGGAGCAGGAAACAGAGUCUGUGCGCGGUAGCAUCUCUAAAGCCGCCACAUAUCUCCGCGAUCGUGUUGGUGAACUGCAGAGGCCAUAUUCUUUGGCUAUUACGACCUACUUCUUAUCCACUCUCCCUAAAGACAAAACAGUGGCUUUGUCAGCUUGGGAGAUACUUAAACAUAAAGCAGUAAAAGAGGGUGAUUGUAAGGUGUGGCAGGAUACUGAGGACAUGAGAUUGCUUGAUGAGAAGAAACAAAACUUGGUUCCCUCAUCAGUGGCUCUUACAAUAGAGACCACAGCAUAUGCUCUUCUUGCUGCAUUAGAACAUGAAGAUUUUGAAGAGGCGAAAAUGGCUGUCUGCUUCCUGUCCUCCAAAGAGAACUAUGGAGGCGGGUUCAAAUCUACACAGGAUACAAUUACAGCUUUGGAAGCACUCUCAGAGUAUGCAUUGCGUUUACCCCCAGUGCCAUUAAAUAAUUUCAAUGUGCAGUUCACCAGUCAAAUAAGGAAUGAAAAAGAGUCUCUGUCCUUGACCAAGAGAGGCGAGAAAGUGGAGACGGAUUUAAAGAGGCUGCUAGGAAGUGAAAUCACUGCAAAGAUUUCAGGGAAAGGCCAAGCAAAAGUAAAGGUGGUAAAGGCAUAUUACAUCCCAGACAGUUCCAGCCAUUGUACCCAAUUGUCGAUAAAUGUAACAAUGAUUGGGAAAGUAGACUACACUGAUCCGAUAGAAGAAAACUAUGACUACGCAUACAAUUAUGAUGAAAAGGAUGAGGUGGAAGACUUCCCUCGCUCAGCCAUUGAGUGGUUCGAUGCUCGCACCAGACGCAGACGUGACACUGAGCAGAACCAGAACUCUGAUAACAAAGUCAUGUACCAAGUGUGCGUCAGUCACUCCUUAGAGAGGAACCUUACAGGCAUGGCUAUUGCUGAUAUCACAUUGCUCAGUGGCUUUGAGCCUAAUACUGAUGAUCUAGAUUCGCUGAAGGAUACAGAAGCUUCAUACAUCUCUCACUAUGAGGUUGCAAAUGGAAGGGUCCUGUUAUAUUUUAAUGAGAUAUAUAAUGGUCAGGAAUGUAUUGCAUUUGAAGCUGUACAAGGAGUGCCAAUAGGUUUGCUGCAGCCUGCUCCUGCUACAUUCUAUGAUUAUUAUGAACCAGAAAGAAGAUGCACUGUGUUCUAUGCUGCACCAAACAGGAGCAAGAUGAUUUCUGCUCUCUGCUCUGAUGAAGUAUGCCAGUGUGCUGAAAAUCCCUGUUUUAAAGAAAAGCAAUCCUCAGAAUUAUCCCGUAUUUCAAAGGAAGACCGCUUCAGACAUGCCUGUUAUGAGCCUGUAGCAGAUUAUGGCUUCAUGGUGAACGUGGAAUCUGUGGAAGAUAAGAGAACCUUUGACUUUUACCACACCAAAGUGAUUGAGGUCCUCAAAUUCAAUAAAGAUGUCUUUGUGACUGAAGAUGCAUCACGAGUUUUUGCUAAGAGGAAACACUGUAAGAAUAAGCUGAAAGUAGGACAGACAUACCUUAUCAUGGGCAAGGAUGGCUCUACUACAGACCUCAAAGGACAAAUGGUGUACCUUUUGGAUUCAAAUACAUGGGUAGAGCAGAAGCUUACCAAGGAGAAAUGCUCAUCAACAAAUUUGCGCGAAUACUGCAAGGGUCUUAAAGAAUUCCGAAGACAAUACCAAGUUAACGGCUGCUCCCAGUAAUUCAGUCAAUCAAUUUUCAAAGUUGUGGUACAAUAAGUGGGGCAGACUGGAGUUAUAGCUGUACAAGUUAAUUGCAUUAUGGGGACCAAUUUGUUUCUGUCUUUGAGAAUCUGCUGCCCUAUCCAAAAGUGACCACACACUCAUUUGAUAAAAAACGCUAGCAUAAAAUUCUGCCACGGCUAGUUUGACUGCUAUACAUUUUUACUGCAUUAGUUAUAAUCAGGGAAGACUUGUAGUGUUACAUGUGCAUAAAACUCAAUUAUUUUCUCCACUUGACAGCAAAAAUGAUCACCAAAUAUGCCUAAUUAUUCUCAUGCUUCCUUCAGGCAAACUUAUAUACUACUUAACUCAACUGAUGUUGUGUAAUGCACUAUUUGCUAGAUCCCAUAUAGUAAAUGUCAUCUUGUUAUUUUACCUUCUUUGCUGCUUGCAAUGUUGAUGGUUUUUUGCAACUGGUCAUAUAUUGAUUAAAGAAAAACAAAUAAAAGAAUGAUGUGUAUGUCAACAUAACAUGACUGUAAAGCAGAACAGUAAAAUGUUUCAAGACAAGAAAACCAGAAGUCAUGAGCCACUGACCACACACAGGUGACCACAUAAUAGCAUGUGCUUACGUUAGCAUAUCCACACACUUAUUCAUUUGGCCAGCUCUUUCACCUGUACAAAUCCUUCCAUUUCAACCUUGUACAGUGAUCUAGUCUCACUCAGCGGUUCAAAAUGGGGUGAUUCAGUUUUCCUGCCAAUGCUUCUGUUUAUUUAGUUAAAGUUGCCCACACUCUACCCUCACCAUGGGGUGAGGUGUGUGAGAGGAGCCUUUGUGUUCAGGUGAAUGCAAAACUGUCUGUAUGUAUGAAAAGGGCAGGACAGAGCUACAUUCAAGAACUGGAAAUACCUAUUCUUAAGACACUUUUAAAAUUGUGUAAUAAAAAUAGAUUGCUUAAAUAAAAUGUUGAAUUUAAUCUGUUGUAAAAGGCGAGAGAGAAAAUGGCUUUAGGAGGUGGCAAAAAGUAUAAAGAGCAGUAAGGGAGGAAGAGAAUCAGGAAUCAGGAAGGAAAAGGUUAGGAAGGUAAUGGGUGGGGGUCAAGAGAUUGAGGUGAAGGCUGAGGUCUAAAGGGGAACUGGAACAAAAUAUAACUUCAUGCACUAAUAUUAUUUUAAUCUCUGAAGGCCAGGCCAAUAUAAGCAACCUGGGGACUUUGGCCAUCACUUUAGUCAGGACCAGGUGAAUGGC